AUGACGGCGAAAAUUAUCAGCGUUCAGGAGGUCGAAAGCCACAAGGACGAGAAAUCAGCCUGGGUUAUCGUUGAAGGAAAAGUAUAUGAUGUAACAAAUUUCCUUGAAGAGCAUCCCGGUGGUAAGAAGGUCUUAUUAAAGAAUUGCGGAAAGGAUGCAACCGAACUUUUCCAUCAAUACCAUACAAAAAAAAUUUUGAAGAAUGUCGCCGGCUCUAUGAUGAUUGGCCAAGUAUCCGGCGAUGCUAAGCUAUAA